GUUUCAUGUCCCGGCCGUUGUCUUACACUUUUUGCCCGUGUCUAAUGGAGGGCCCGGUGCGGAUUUGUCAUCAGAAGAAUGCGUCUUGCUGCUGAUUCACCGGACGGCUCGCAGCUUUUGCGCUCCCGUACGAGAGGUUUGCCGAACAGACGGGGUUGUACGUGCUGCUCAAAACGGCUGCUGACAGGGGUCAAAGUGCAACAUGGACAAUGGCCUAAGGGUCCUCCUGUCCACUGUGCUGUAUCUCAGCCAGACUCUUCUUAUCAGCUGCUCAUCCCUUUAUCCAUCUUUUAGCUCAGAGCCAUCAUCCGUCGUCCAGAGUAAAGGCUCUGUUGUUCGUCUGCGCUGCUCGGUGAAUCCUCCAUCCGCCUCAGUCUCGUGGCGCUUUCAAGGUCUUCCCCUGAACCAGGAUACCCUUUCAGGAGUGGAGCUCAGUGGACACUCGCUUCUCAUCUCCUCUCUUAAGUCAAACCACGUAGGCGUUUAUCAGUGUGUGGCACGCUUACAACAUGGGCCGGCCAUCGCCAGCAGCCUAGCACGUGUGGACAUAGCAGAAAUCUCAGAAUAUGAAGAGGGUCGGCGGCGGUCUUUAUCUGUACAGGAAGGUAGCGAUGCUCUUAUAGAGUGUCCUCUACCAUUCAGUGUACCCCCUGCACUUCCUAGACUAAAAGUACGCGGGGAGUGGAUGGAGGUGUCAACAGGUGACUACUUAGUUCUUCCUUCGGGGAACCUUCAGAUUAUCUCAGUGUCAGCCCAGCACCAGGGCAUGUACAAAUGCGGUGCAUUCAACCCUGUCACCAGUGAAACCGUUGUGCAGCCUCAUGGUACCAAGGUGUCAGUAAAACCUUCAGUCACCUCCUCUGUGCGGAUAGUUUACCCCACUGCUCCAAAGGCUGUUGCAGUGCUACAGUCUCAGCGGCUGAUACUGGAGUGUAUUGUGUCUGGAAGUGCACCACCAGUGGCCAAGUGGUUUAAAAACGGCGAGGAGCUAACGGCAGAGCUUUCACAUCAACACCAGCACAACAACCUGGUCUUUGCCUCAGUGACAAGAAAUGACAAUGGAACGUACGCCUGUGCUGCCCAGACUGAGCAGGGAACUGUGAAGAGCGCAAACUACACUGUGAAUGUUGUUGAGCCAGUGUCCAUUGAGAAGGGUCUGACUGAUCAGCUGGUCUCUCCUGGCUCCCCGGCUUAUUUUACCUGUUUAGUGAGAGGAAAUCCCUCACCGAACAUCACAUGGCUUUUUAACGCCGAGCCCAUCGUGUCAUCACAACGAUUUCAGAUCUUCGGCUCCUCCCUUGUUAUUACACAUGUGACAUCACAGGACACUGGCCUCUAUCAGUGUCUAGCGGAUAAUGGGAUUGGCUCCACACAGUCCUAUGGAAUGCUAACAACAAAACCAGAUCUGAACCUGGGUUUCACCUCUGGUGUGAUACUGGAGCCUUCACCUUCACUCCAUCCAAUGCAAAGUGAUGAAGGGCAAGAAGAGAGCAUAGAUGGAACCAUUAGUUCACCGACAGAGCGGCGGAGCGGCGACCGUCCGACCCCAGAGGCACCGAUUAUCAUCAGCCCCCCGCAGACUCACAAGCCAGAUAUGUACGAUCUUGAAUGGAGAGCUGGGCGUGACGGAGGCAGUCCAAUCAUCGCCUAUUUUGUGAAAUACCGUAAGGUCGAUGAAAUGGGAACAGUGGUGGGGAGCUGGCAUACAGUCCGCGUCCCUGGCAGUGAGAAGACCCUGCGGCUGUCAGAGCUGGAGCCUUCCAGUCUCUAUGAGGUGCUGAUGGUGGCCCGGAGGUCAGCAGGCGAAGGCCAGCCAGCCAUGCUCACCUUCCGCACGGGCAAGGAGAAGAUCACUUCCUCCAACAAGAACCCAUCUAAGCCUCCGGUUGUCAUGAUGCCCCCUAAAGCUCCAGUUGACAAGACCCCUAAUACACACUUUGGCGUCAUCAUACAUGACAGAGUUCCUGAGGCCCCUGAUCGUCCGACCAUCUCCAUGGCUACUGAAAGUUCGGUGUACGUCACCUGGAUCCCAAGAGCCAAUGGUGGCUCUCCGAUCACAGCCUUUCGCGUCGAGUACAGACGUGGCCGAGCCACAGAGUGGGUCGAGGCAGCGGACAAUAUCUCACCUCUGAAACUGUCUGUUGAAGUCCGCAACCUGGAGCCUGGCUCCACCUACAAGUUUCGAGUCGUUGCCAUCAACAUGUAUGGCGAGAGUCCCCACAGCAUCCCCUCAAAGGUCUAUCAAGUGCCGCAAGCCAGUCCUCCCAUGUCUGACCGCCCUGUGGUCGGACCCCACAUCUCCUCCACGGACGCCAUCAGCGACACACAGAUCAUGCUGCGAUGGACUUACAGUCCCUCGAGUAACAACAACACUCCAAUCCAAGGUUUCUACAUUUACUACCGGCCCACCGACAGUGACAAUGACAGCGACUACAAAAAAGAUGUGGUGGAAGGUGUAAAACACUGGCAUCUGAUUGGACACCUGCAGCCCGAGACCUCUUACGACAUCAAGAUGCAGUGCUUUAAUGAUGGCGGCGAGAGUGAAUACAGCAAUGUCAUGAUCUGUGAGACUAAAGCACGUCAGUCACCAGGGUCCCCCAGCCAACAUCCCAUCACCCCACCUGGUCCUCACCCGCAGGAACCCCCCAGUCCUCCUGGAGGUCUGCUCUACAUGAUUGUGGGCUGUGUUCUAGGAGUGAUGGUGCUCAUCCUCCUGGCCUUUAUCGCCAUGUGUCUUUGGAGAAAUCGCCAACAGAACAACAUGCACAAGUAUAACCCCGCUGGCUACCUGCCCCAGCCAGCAGAGAUGAACGGCUAUGUUCUGGAGUACACCACACUCGCUGGCACAAGCCGCAUCAAUGGCAAUGUCCACAGAGGCUACGGGCACAGUGGGCCUAUGUUAACCCAGGGAUGCCAUCAUCUUCACCACAAAGUCCCAAACGGGUUGGCGCUGCUCAACGGCACCGGUGGCCUGUUUUCACCUGCCCACCCACACGGCCACGAUGGCACUUUGCCCUAUGGCACCAGAGACUGCGAGCACUCACACCCUCACCACCACCACAACGGUGGAGGCAUGUACACAGCUCUCCCCCAGACUGAGUCCUCUGACUGUGUGAGUUGUCAGAACUUCUGUAACAACAACAGAUGCUACAACAAGACUAAUGGCACUUUUCCUGGCGGCCCUCUGCCUCUAAUGCACCGCGUGGCACCGUGCCAGCAGGACGGGUUAGAGAUGGUACCGCUCGGACAGGUGUCAACGCCGUGUCGCGGCCCCAAUGGCGAAAUAACCCCCGGCGACCAGGAGGAGGACGUAGGGUACGAGGAAGACAAGCCAAGAGAGUCCUCGCCCUCACAGCAUUCCUACUGUCUUGUCGGGACCAUUGAAAACUGUCCAGGAGACAACAGUGCUGAGGAGGAGCUGGAGUGUGUGGACAUGGAGAGGCCUGUUCUGUGCUGGGAGAGUCUGGGUCUGCCAGACUUGGACUGUGACGAAAAGCCUGGGUGGAUCUCAAGCAGCAGCCUGGCAGGAGAGCUGAUCCAGCCCUGCCCACAGGAGGUCUGAGCUCGGCCCACACACAAACACACGCUCUCCUGCAGCUUGGAGUGUUCAGAGAAAACCAGACAAAAAGACACACACACACACACAAAUAUAUAUAUAUUUCUGUGCAAGUAUCACAGAGAAACUGAGACGAGAAAAGUCAGAGACACUGUGUGUGAUGGUGACGAGGACAGAAAAUGGGUUGAUGGACCGAGCUGAGACGAGGGACGUGGGAAAAGUGAUAGUCGACGUCAGACGGCGAGUGAAGCCAGAUGGAGGGAAACACAAAGACACAAGGAAGUGUUGCUCAAAGACACAAACUCUCUCCCACUGGAGAAAAGACUCUCAUUAAAGAUUAAAACAAAACAAAACAAACUCUUUAGAUGACUUAUUUAUUUUUUUGUAGUAGUAAAAUAUUAUUUCAUAUGAAUGUAUCUGUUUUAAAGAAAAAAAAGUUUGUCUUUUAUAUUAUUUAUGCCUUUUGGAUGAGAAAUACUUUUUAUUUUUUGUCGUUUGGACCCCGUGCUCCCCCCUACUCCCACUCCAGUGUGGAGAUGAGCGACUGUCUGUGUAAAGUUUUGUAAUAAUAUAAAGAGAAGAUAUGGAAGAGUAAA